AGCAGCCGUGUGCGCUGCUGUUCCUCUCAAAUAAGCGCUCCCCCACGGGCUGAGGUCUCGGUGCCCGGGCGAGAGAAAGGGCUGCAAAGGGUUAAGCCGCUGACUUGCUUGCUAGGCAAAGUUUGAGGAAGAAUAUGUCUGAGGCUGAGUACGCUGCAGCCCCGCGUUUGAAAUCUGUCACCCUCACUUAGGAGCUCUGUAUCUCUGGUUGUCACCGGUGAAUAAUGAUCACACGGCGAUAAGAUCGCUCCGUGGCGUUGCGCCGGAGCCGCCGGGGGAAAGAGAAGAAAGGAAAUUACGAGGCGUUUAACCGCUUUAGCAGGGUGUUCUUCAGUGUCAUCGGUGGGUGUCAGGGUCAAAUGACCGGCUGGACAGCGGCUUUGAAAGAAAAUUUCCUUCCUCCUUUCCUUGAGAGGAACCUUGGGUGAUGGUGACCAUUGGCAGCUAUGGAAAACAGAGACCUUGGUGGUGAUCCUUAAAAUAAUACCAUGCCGGAGCCCAGCUGUUCUGCCACUUUCUCCCCUUUCAACCUGCCGGACCCGGUGGGGUUUGGGUGACCUACUGAGAAGGACCCACCUCCGCAGGAGCAGGCAGGACGGAUCCAGCAGAUAGCUGAUAUGAGGACUUUGCUGACUUCAGAAAGCUGCAUGUAACACCAACAGACUUCAGUGAAACGAAAUAUCAUCCCUACAAGCAACUCAUACACGGACGACUUUUGGUAGCUUUAAAUUAACCUGUUGCUCACCUGCAAAGAUACGGCUAUUGUUUCUUUCAGCACACAUGGAGGAAGGCAACAAACUUUGUAACCCUGGCUAAUAAGACUGCGGCUUUCUUAACAAAAGUAGGAGGCAGGCCAAUUAUAAAAGGAUUAUUUUAUACUUAGCCUCCAGGACUUUAACUCUGGCCUGAACAUUGGACAUAAAUAGAAGCCAAUUUUAAUCACCUGAGAUUUUGCUACCUGUGCUUUAUUAUUGCUAUUAGUUCUUUAACAUUUUGGUACUUUAUUUCUUUAAAUUAGAAAUGGGUUUGUGGACUAGAAUGUGGCCCACAGAUCGGGCUGUUCUCAUGAAAUCAUGGCUUAUCUUUUCCCUGGGGCUGUACAUGCAGGUCUCCAAAACUUGGGCCUGCCCAAAAGUGUGCCGCUGUGACCGAAACUUUGUCUACUGUAAUGAGCGAAGCCUGACCUCAGUGCCUCUUGGGAUACCGGAGGGUGUAACCGUCCUCUACCUCCAUAAUAACCAAAUUAAUAAUGCUGGAUUUCCUGCAGAGUUGCACAAUGUCCAGUCUGUGCACACAGUCUACCUGUAUGGCAACCAAUUAGAUGAAUUCCCCAUGAACCUGCCCAAGAAUGUCAGGGUUCUCCACCUGCAGGAAAACAACAUUCAGACCAUUUCUCGGGCUGCCCUCGCUCAGCUUUUGAAGCUGGAGGAGCUGCACCUGGAUGACAACUCCAUCUCCACUGUUGGCGUUGAGGAUGGGGCAUUCCGGGAAGCCAUCAGCCUCAAGCUUCUGUUCUUGUCCAAGAAUCACUUAAGCAGCGUACCGGUUGGCCUUCCGGUGGACUUACAAGAACUUCGAGUAGAUGAAAACCGAAUUGCUGUCAUUUCAGAGCUUGCCUUCCAGAAUCUUACAAGUCUGGAGCGUCUGAUUGUGGAUGGCAAUCUCCUUACUAAUAAAGGCAUAGCUGAAGGCACCUUCAGCCACCUCUCCAAGCUCAAGGAAUUCUCAAUAGUGCGGAAUUCACUGACCUACCCUCCUCCUGAUCUUCCAGGUACACAUCUGCUAAGGCUCUACUUGCAAGACAACCAGAUAACCCAUAUACCACUAACAGCCUUUUCAAACCUCCACAAGCUGGAACGUCUUGAUAUUUCCAACAAUCAGCUUCGGAUGUUGGUAAAGGGGGUAUUUGAUAAUCUUCACAACCUGAGACAACUCACUGUAAGGAAUAAUCCCUGGUUGUGUGACUGCAGUAUUAAGUGGGUCACUGAAUGGCUCAAAUUUAUUCCCGCUUCCAUCAAUGUACGGGGUUUUAUGUGCCAGGGACCAGAGCAGGUCCGAGGUAUGGCAGUCAGGGAGCUCAAUAUGAAUAUGUUGUCAUGCCCCACCACCACCCCUGGUCUGCCACUUAUCAUCACCCCUGUCCCAGCUACAGCCAUGCCAACUACCUUAGUUCCCACCUCAUCAGUUCCUCCCCCAAGUAGCAAAUAUAAUCUCACUCCCACCAUAGCCACGCUCCCCACUGUGCCUGACAGGGAUGACAGAGAAAGGGUGACACCUCCUAUAUCUGAACGGAUUCAACUCUCCAUCCAUUUUGUGAAUGACACUUGCAUCCAAGUUAACUGGAUGUCUCUUUUUACCGUGAUGGCAUAUAAACUCACAUGGGUUAAAAUGGGCCAUAGUCUGGUAGGAGGAAUUGUUCAGGAACGAAUAGUUAGUGGUGAGAAGCAACACUUAAGCUUGGUAAAUCUGGAGCCCAAAUCCACUUAUCGGAUUUGUUUGGUUCCACUGGAUACUUAUAACAAUUACCAAACUGGAGAAGAUACUGUCUGUUCAGAAGCCACAACCAAGGCUUCCUUUUUGAGCAAUGGCAGCAACAUCCCCUCCAGCCAUGAGCAGACAACUUCUCAGAACCUGGGCUCCCCAUUUCUGCUGGCAGGGUUGAUUGGGGGUGCAGUGAUAUUUGUCCUUGUGGUCCUACUCAGCAUUUUUUGCUGGCACAUGCACAAAAAAGGGCGUUACACCUCCCAGAAGUGGAAAUAUAACCGGGGCCGUCGGAAAGAUGACUACUGCGAGGCAGGGACCAAGAAGGACAACUCCAUCCUGGAGAUGACGGAAACCAGCUUCCAGAUUGUCUCCUUAAAUAAUGAUCAGCUCCUUAAAGGAGAUUUCAGACUGCAGCCCAUUUAUACCCCAAACGGGGGCAUUAACUACACAGACUGCCACAUCCCCAACAACAUGCGAUACUGCAACAGCAAUGUCUCAGACCUGGAGCACUGUCAUACGUGAUAGUGAGGGAAGAUGGGGGUGUCUAGGACAAGGAGAAAAAACUCUGGAAAAAGCAACCCCCCCCGACAACAAUGAAAAAAUUACAUUUGAUAAAUGUUACCCAGAUGCAUUUAUGCAUUUGAAUACUCUGUAAUUUAUACGGUGUACUAUAUAAUGGGAUUUAAAAAAAGUGCUAUCUUUUCUAUUUCAAGUUAAUUGCAAAUGGUUUUGUAACUCUUUGCUUUUUAAAUCUUUAAAAAAUAUUGCUAAGUACUGUACAGGGUUGUACAAUAAGAACCCAAUGUCAUGGCAAAGGAAAGAAUGACUCAUUCUUCAAACAUUAACCACUUUGCUGUCGAAGCUGUCUGAGGGAUGUUAAGUUUCUAGAUGUCCUGUAGUACAGGAAAAUAAGUGCAUAUUAAAACAGGGUCACUAGGAAUGACAAAAGCAAUUCAGAUAAAAUGAGUACAACCCUUCUGACUUGAACCCAGCAGUUGCAGUUGAGCUUCAAACAGUUGGAAGUACUUCUGUUCCCCUUUGUCAGUUCUGCAUUCCCAACCUCCGACUGAAAGCUGGAGCUCUGGGUGCUACCAAAAAGGCUACUUUCUUGUUAGAUCAGUUUUCUCCCAAUAUACUUGGAAUAGGAAAGGUAGACAGAGCUCAGUGUCAAACUCAAAGUAACCUUGAUUCCUAUUUGCAAAAACGACUCUGAAAACACCCCCCAAUACUAUAUACUUUUAUGAUAGACACUGUUCCUGCUUUUCAUUAUGAUUAAGAAGCUUUAGGCAUUCUCUGACCCUUCUCAGUGGGAGAUGAAGGUUAUCAGUAUGUAACAGAUAGCUGUCAUUAAGUUGCACCUCUCUUUAAUAGAGCAGCAUUUGUUGACACAGCAUGUCCAGGUAAAGCCUGAAUGAGGGAAUUCUGAGUGCUCUCAGCUCUGCAGUAUUCGUGUAGAAUUUGGAAUCUAAAAGUAUAAAUUGCUGAAAACAUGAUACAAAAUAUGAUGCCAAUGGAAAUGUUGCUAUUGACUUUUAUGCUUCAAGCCCUGUUCGAUUUAGGGGUCUUAGUUCUGUUCAGUAUGGAAAAGGAGGAAAAAGCAGACAAGCAAACAGAGAAAACAAAUAAGAAAGAUCAUUUAAAAUUGUAUUUAUUACGGGAAAGGCCUCCAGGCCUAUCAUGAACUGAAAUAUGUUCAGCAGGGAAAAUCAUGUAUAAAUCCUGGUUGGUUUUUGGUUGGUUUUUUGUUGUUUGGUUGUUGUUGUUGUUUUUUUUCCCAUUCAAGUGUACAGAGGCGGACAUUAAGCAUUUGAUUAGCUGAGGAAUUUUGAGAACAUAAGUACACACUGUCCCUCUGAAUUACCCUUCUUUUAUCUUAAGCUUUUGGAAGUUUUCCACAAUGAUCUGUGCUUUAUAAGCAGUAGGUAGGCUUAGAAUUUGCUCUUUUUUCCCCUCAAAUUCUUUAGCUGGAAUACUUUCUGAGUCCUUGAGCGUUACAUGCGCUAUGUGAAACAUCAUCCUUGUAUUAAAACCAUGAUGCUGCUCUCAAAAUUGUGUAAUGUUCCAGCCACUCCAUUGAUUCUGUGACUGCCAAGAACUCUGGAUUUCUUGCCAGCUCAGUGGUGGAAUGUAAUUCUUUAUUUUUUUUUUUUUUUUCCACCCCCCCAGUUUGUUUGUUUUUUAAUGUGGCUCACUUUCUCCUGAGCUGGGGGACAAGCAAAAGUUCACAACAGAGAGGAACAAAAGAGAGAGAGAAAACUUUCCUGAGGGAGUAGGGAACCAAAGAGAACUUUUUACAGUGACCAAUUAGGGACAAGGAGAAGCUGUUAGAAGUGGAUUGGAAGUAAAGGCUAAAGCACUUUCACUAUAGAAUGCUUAGACUUUUCACUUUAUGAGGCUGCUUAUGUUGGGAGAGAGGGUUUUAAUCCUUUCCUUUGCCCAUUUCACUCAACCCAUUCUUGAAAUCCAGCGGUCUAUGAGUGUGCAGUUUCUCAAAUACAAAUCGCAUGAUAACACUCAUUUUCUGCAAUGGCAAAAUGAAUCCAGUUAUGAUUGAUGGCAAAGUACAAUCAUUGUAUAAGUAACCACAUCCUCCUCCCAACACCUUUUAUAAUCACAUUUUGAAAUUCCACUCUAUAUUCUGUAUAUUUGCUAUUUUCUCCAGCUAUAACAGGUAUUUUAGGCAACCUGUGUGGCUACUGUAAUAGUAAAGUCACUGAAAUUUUGCUGAAUAAAAGGCUGCCAUAUGAUUUCAAAUGGUGUAAUUCUAGGUAGAAACGUCUAUGCAAAGUGUUUUUUUCUGUGAUCUAUUUACUGAAUAUUAUGAUGAGAAGGUUGAUGCAUUUUGUUUGUUUAUUAUGUUUUAGCUGCCAAAGCCCACAAGACAAGCAGCAAAUAGUUGUGCUUCUGCACGCUCCCAUUGCAUGCUGGAGUUUGUUUGAAAUUAAGUAGAGGCAGAGAUUCCCCUUGGGUGUGGAUGUAGUAUUUAAUUUCACUGAACUAACUAGCUGUACAUUUUAUUUCAAAAGGCAUCCUUUGAAAGUACGCGCUUACUAGAAUUUCGUACUUCAGUGACUGAUGCUGGUGGAAUCUUUGUCCUCCUUGAUGAACAUCUUCUGUUCGAGGCCUCAGGAUACCAUAGUUUCGAGAUGAGCUAGGCGCCUUAUUUGUAGCAAAUGACUUAGGGAGUUCAGCCAUACUGUAGGCGAACGAUCCACAAGCCCAAACUGAUGACAACAAAUGUGGUUAUUGUCCUAGUAGGGUGAAACCAGAAGGCAUUCACAAACUGUUUUGAUCUUGGGUGAUGAAAUGUAUAUAUAUCUGUCUGUGGACUAUUGCUCACCUACAUCAAAAAUCAAAAUUAUAAUAAAGAUAGCAUAGUCUAUGCUUCUUUUCAGUAUGAACAAAUAUAUAUAUAUAUAUUAGUAUGGGAUACUGACAAAGUUUCUUUUCUAUAAACAUACUUCUGAAAAAAAUAACAAGCCACUUAUACCAAAAUUUGUGGAUAGAACUGGGAGCAUUAUCUAAACAAAUUCACAGUUAUGGUCAACCAAAAGGUCCUGUUUCAUUUGAAGAAUGUUUCUCUCAGUUCAAAUUGCUAUCCAGCUGGAAAACAAUUAAUGUAUUUCAACCUACAAGAGAGUUUGGGAUGUUUCAACAUGUCAGUCACACAAACAGCUGAAGCUUCAUUUCAGGACACAUCUAGAUAAGUACAUAAUGGGCAAUUUUCACUAGGUAAAAUAUUUAGAAAAAGAGUUAAAAAUGGACAAGAAUCUUUUGGCAAUGUAAAGUUAAUAUCAGCAGCUUUUUCCUUGGACUUCAUAAAAAUGGGGUCAUCUUCACUUAGUGCAAAUAUCUGACCACAGAUACUAAUUAAAGGCUAGAGACCACAAGUCCCAAAUGUGUGUAUAUGGUCACUUCCAGGUCCUGAUUUGAACAGGUUCAUUGGAACUGAGGGCAAAUGAGUGGUUUACAGACAAAAUCUCACCCAUUUUCCAUUGUAUACUGCUAAUGGCUGAAAUAAAUGUACAGAAAAAAAUUGGAGAGUGGAAUAAAAUAAGAGGUUAAGUGAAAUUACAUUAAAGCAGUAUCACAACACUGCUGUGUCCAGUGCUUAGGUUCCUUCUGAAGACUUAUUUAUUUACAAAAAAGUCCUCCUUUUCACAGAUUCUGUCACUGUAACAAGUGUUCCUUGCAUGUAGCUUGCUGGCAGAAACAAACACUUGAUGGACUUUUUGUUAACACGUUCUUUUUGGAGACAUUAUUAUUGAAUUUCUUUAUAAGAAUAUUUAGGGAUUGGGUUACUUUGGACUGAAAAGAUAUUAGCAGUUUUACCUGCAAGCCAAUAAAGGACUACAAUGAAUGUCACAUAAAACAGAAAAAAAAUGAAAUAGCAUAUGCUAUUUGCUACUGCAAUAGUUCACCUAUUAUUUUUCUCUCAAUCAUUUUCUCUUUUCAUGAAAGAAAAUUUUUCCCUCUGAGAAAUGUAUUGAUUUUAAUUUUUCAAGCAAAAAAAAUUAUGCCUAUUGUAUUGUCGUUAUGGUUUUAAGGGUCUAUAUAAGGCACUUUAUUAAUGACAUUGAAGUGAAAGUUCAAUCUCAGCUUUUGACAGUGAAGUGGUUAAUUACCAUUGAAUUCUCCAUUUAUAGUACUUCUUCACCUUAAAUUAUAACAUGGAGAUAUUAAAGUUUUUUCUUUAGAACAUGAGAAUAAUGGGUUUACUCAUGACUUAUCUUUCCAGCUCAGUGGAAAAACAAAACAGAAAUGAGUGCCAAAAUCAAAAGUUACGGGCUCUGAGCCUUAUCAAAUCCUGCCUGAUGCUCUCUUCUAAACACAGAGAUAAUCCUAGGAAGCUGAUGAUCACUCCUUCCCUGAACUCUACUGAACAGGGCAUUUUGAAUCCCGUAUGAUAAUAUAGGCAAUACUGAAGCAUUUGGCAUUAAACUUUUGUACAGCAUAGAAUGUCUUGCUCUUUAAAAGGACAAUGGCUAGUAGUCCGUCUGGAAAACUAGUACAAAAGAGAUUUCGCAAGCUGUUAUUAUACUGGGGCUCUGUGGAAAUGUGCCUCGUGAGAGCUGAAUUCUGAUCUUCUCAGAAACAGAUAAGCUACUAAACAAAUUGUUAUCAUCACUUGGUCCCAAAUAUCUGAAGAUGAUCUUUCAUAAAAUUGAUUUUAACUGAGACAUGCACACUUGAUUCUGUUCUGUGCUUGGUAUACUUUCUAUCUUUAACAUGGAAAAAUAGAUGGUUUGAAGUCUGCAUUAUCUGUUUUCUGCAAUCUGCCAUGUUGCACGCAUUGUUAACUUCAAAACCUCACUAUACACUAUAUAUUAUCUUGUUGACAUAUUCAGUAAAGAGUUGUUUAAAAAAAUACAACAAUCCUGCUGUAUUUAUAUGAGCAAGUUCAUUAAACCAAGGAUGUGAAUAUCUGAAAGGGAAAACAGAAAAACAAAAAUAUCAAACGUCUGUACUUUCAUUCCUGGUAACAUUUUCAAAUGUUCUACUGUAAGUCCACACUCUCUUCAGAUUCUAAAAGACAAAUAUUUUCAUCUUGUCUCUCAAAGAGUUAAACCAUUUGUUACUUCAAUUUCUGAGAUUUAAUCUUAUCUUUAUAAGAUUAUCUCAUUUUCCUAUGCAUAUAGGAAAGCUCUGUAAAACAAGAACAGAUUGUAUUCCAGUGUUUGCAAUUAAUAGGUACACAUAAGCAACUACACACGUCUAUAACAAAUAUAUAUGUAUGUGGAAGCUGUGACCCAUUAUAUGCAUAGCCAUUUGAUAAAUGCAUUUGACAUUCAUCCUUGACAAUCUUAAACCUGCCUUUUACCUAUUAUUAUCUAUUUAAUCUGUUUCCUUGAAAUGAAAUGUGAUUUUUUUUCCCCAAUUCUCCCUUCAAAAUUGUUCUUGAAUUUUCAGAAUGCACAACAUUCAGACAUAGGCCUUAAUAAAUUUUUGUAUAUCUUAUACAUAACAUAUAUGGUAAUAUAUACAGUAUAUAUAAAGAGAUGCAUUAGCUACUUAGAAAUGAAAAUUACCCCUCUUCUAGUUACAUAUACAGGAACUAAUCUUGGCUUUGCCAGAACCUGAAACAUUGAAUGUUACAAGCUGUGGCAUUUCAAAGCUUAGAAAUGUAAUAUUGCUGAAUGUCACAAUUCCUCUAUAAAUUAUCUUAUUCUCUGUCUUAACUGUGAAUAUCACGUAAAGUGACCAAGAGCUGCCGUGCAACACACUCACAUCUAGGUCCCCCCUCAGUAUGCUUUCCUGAACUUGACAUUUCUUCUGAGCCAGUUCAGACCCUGGUGAUUUAACCUUCUUGCCUUACCACAGGAAGGUGAGGAACAGAGGUAAAGUAAAUGAUAAACAGUUACGAUCCUUUAUAUAUUUCUGGCAAAAAUAAUGAUAUGAUCAUUUCCAAUCAACAAUUUCAUUUUCUCUCUUAAAAAAAAAAAGGUUGACAAACACUGACUACUUCAUCGGAUAAUCUUUUAAUAGAUCAAAAUGAUUCGUCUUAGUAGAGAUCAAUCUUUAUAUUUACUUUUUAUAGUUCUAAGCUCAGUUAUCUGGAGCUGUUCACCCACAUGUGCGUGUGUGUAUAAAUUCCUGGGGUUGGGUAUAGAGGGUUUAGCUACAAGGAACCCCCAAAACAAGCGCACUGAGGAGUAUUUUUUGAUAUUGUUCAAUAAACAUUUUUCAAUAUUUCACUUUAAAAAGAGUUCUUCUAUCUAAGAAGAGUUAUGAUGCCACAUGGAAAAACUAUAUUUGGUCAUUAAAGUAUGAAACAAAUAUUUUAAUUCUACUUGCAGUGCAGUCUCGAACUAAAAAUUGGUAAAAUACUUCUAUUACACAGAGGUAGAUAUUUGGUGAAUUUUUAAACAAUAAUUUGCAUUCCUGAAACAAAUUAAUACACUCUUAUGGUGAAAUCCUGACCCCACUGAUUUCAACUAUAAAUUAGAAUAUUUAUAGUGGUAAUGUAUAUGUUGGAAGGAUUAUUAAAAACAUCUACUAUGACACAUUGUAUAACGUCACACUAUGUAUCCCCAUAUGAAAUACGUCAACCGAGUAAGGUAGUAGGCCUACGUAUCACGUUAUAAGCUUGAUAUCUCUCUUUAAAAGCUAGGGGAGCAGUAAAAUACACUUUACAGAAAAUGAGGGAAGAGAGAUAUAUGUACUGAGCGUCGUUGUCCAACGUAAAGCCACACAAGAUACGGACAUUUAAAGCCACAAAUAGGCCACUGAGCAUAGCAAGAACUUUCUUUUACACGUAAACACACACAUUUUCUGCUUACAAGUCUGUAUUAUGGCUAACGUAUGUGACUGCAAAAAUGCAUGUGUGACUAUUAAGAGUGUAUAGUAUAGUUAAACUUUGGUGGGGACAUUUUAUAUAGAAUAAGAAGAAUCUUGACCCUGUGCACUGGGUCUGUUAUUUACCUUCUUCUGUAUAGAAAGGAUUCAUAUACAGAAGGAAGUGACAAAAAAAAAAGAACAAAAAAGUCAUGCUGAUUACACUAUCCUGGGGUUUUUAUAAGUGUAAAAUGCCUUGAAGAGUGAAGACAGUGUAUAAACUACUAUAGAAAAUCCAACUCAAAUGCACCUGUGUGUUUACAAUUUUAAUAGACUCUGUGCAAAAGCGAGAAGUCUCUGUGAUGAAUACUAGUCAGUGCUAAGCUGAACAUGGCCAUUCCUGACAAGUACAAUUGCCAGAAAGAUUCUGUUAUAAUGGUGUAUUUCUUGAGUGAAAUCAGUAUUUCCACUCCUAUAGACUUUGAGCAGGUGAUCACAUAGAUAAAUAAAAUUCUUUGUGAUGGGAAUUGGAACAAUGUGUCUAAAGAUGGAGUCCUGUAAUUUUCAUACUUUGAAACUGCCUGCUUGUGAUGAAGAACAGGCAGAUUUUGUUCUGUGAAGGUGGAAUAUAGUAACAAUGAUGAUGGACAGAAUGUAGAGAUACUCUCUUUACUGACAUUUUACGGACGUGAGAAGGGACACAUACACAUGCUCCAUACAUAUACACUUGUGACAUAAUUUUAAAUUUCCUUUACAAUUUUCAGACUCUUCAGAUGAGAUCCACUUCUAACACAUGCACAGUAUUCCAAAACAAAUGAAACAUGACUGUUAAACUAGAAGAGCUUUGUAUUUCUAUUUAUAUCAUCAGUCCUUCUAAAUUUCUAACACAUUCACUUGAACGUCAAACUCUGGUUUGACUUUAAAGUCAAAUGACUUAAAUGAGUCUUGUGAGCCUGACCUCGUAUACCUUCACAAACUGGUUUGUGCAUUCACGGUUCAGGAACCAAUACGUAAUUCAUUGCUCUAUGACUUACAAUGCUAAUGUUAAGAAUUUUUCCCCAUUAAAGAAACAUGUUGAGAAAAUUUAAGAGUUGGUGUGAAGUCAAGUACUGCAGUAUAUGUUAAUGUGAGCAAUUUCAUUUAUUCGAGCAGGGUAUUAGCAUGUAUUUGUAAGUGAGGACUGCAGAAGCAAGGCAUGCACAUUAGCUCUAUGUCAUUUGCAAGAAAACCUUUCUCACCAGUACUAGACACUACUCCUAGCUGACAGAAAGCACAUAUGAUUUACCAAGCAUAUAUGACUUCUUAGAAAAAUAAACACAUGGAAAUCUGAAAAGGGGAGAUAUUCCAUAUUACUAUAGUUAUUCUAAUAAUAUACAGUGGAGUACUCUAAGCACUUUAAAAAUCUCAUAAAAGUAGUAGUAGUAGUAAUAGUAGUAGUAGUAGUAGUAUGAAGCUUUUCAUAUUACAGUAGUCAUGCUAGGAAGUUGAGCUGGGAAGAGUAGAUAAACUCGGGUUUGUGGUCAUAGGAACUUCACAUUUAUAGGUUCAGUUUUACAGAUUAUUACUUGUAGCUGCAUAAAGAGAAGGAGACAAAUGUUUCCUCUUCCUUACCCAGACUAAUUUCUGUAGUGAUCAAGGAGGAAGAAAGCUACUUCACAGAGAUCUCACUCAAAACCCAAAAUGUCCAGAACAAAGGGACAAUAACUGGAGUCAUGGCAUUUCUCUUUGCUGACUACAGAAGCUGGCAGAUGCAGAGCUGGAUCAUUUUAUGAGGGAUGCAGCAAAUUACAGGUCCUCUGAGGCGUUAUAUUGGACCUUUGGUUUGUACAGGACCCUAGUAAGGUACCUUCACUGAGGGGCAUCCUCAUGGAGGUCUGUAACAAAAUGCACAGCCCAUGCCUACAAAAGCAGAAAAGGAUCUGAAUUUUAUUUUGUUUUGUGGGCCUUUAAUUACCACUUCCUGUAAGUUGUGGAAUUCCAGGUACAGCACUACGUUCAAGGCGUAUAUAACAGGGCAAGUUUGGAAGGUCAUGGUUUUGCGGGCUCUCCUUUUAUCAAUGCAAAUAUCAGUAAGGUGCUUGCAGACGAAAUUCCAAACCACAGCAGAAACGAUCAUUGUGUUGGUGAUCAGAUUGGACACUUCUACUUUCAGUUUAGAUGUCUAUUACUUUUCUUCAUUAUUCCUUGUCCAAUUAAUUGCUUUCUUAACAUUUGAAACUCAGCAGUUAGUACUAUUUCUUAUUUGUCACAAUACAAGGAAAAAGUUUCUACAGAACCAUUAUACCUGCAAACUGUGAUGAAGAUUACCUAGCAAAGCCAAGCUACAGAAGUGCAGGCAGUACAGUGAACCAUUUGUCAUGAGGUAAUGAUCUUCUGCUGCAAUAUCAAUUCAGGUUGUACCCAGACUAUGAAAAAAAAUCACAAUUUCCUUUGCAUUUGCAUCAUUUCUUCUAUGCCACAUCAACCUUCACUAGCAUGAUUGGCUUAGAGGAGAGAUUUCUGCUUGCUGCCUCACCUGAUAAUGUCAUCUAUAAGCGUUUACAUUUAAGAUUAAAACAAGAAAAACAAAGCUGUUUUCUGAUUGCCUGCAUCUUUGGGCUGCUGUAGUAGUAAUUUGCUCUGUACCUGUCUGCUGCACUAUUUGUUUUUUACCAUUUUGCCACGCACAAGAGACAUACAUACACGAAUGUAUACACAAGCACACUCUAUUUAUACAUCUUUCAUAUAUAUAUUUAUUUAGAUACUCAAACAUACACAUAAGCAUAUAUAUAGACACAUACUACAUAUUUCUGAAUAUAUAAAUAUGAAUUGGUCUAGGUUGAGCCCCACACUGAUCUUUUGCUCUGGAUUUAUGCAUCAUUUCAGUUCCACUUAAGCUUCUGAAUGCAAGCGAAGAUGUAGAAUAGCAUGAAUUUUUUUUUUUUAAGAACUGUAUUGUCAGUACUGGUGAGAGCAUCUUUUCAAUAAUGUAUGUGCUUUGGCAGCCUGUGCACUAAAUCUUGAAUAAACCAGAAAAGAUUAAGAUAGCUCCUGGAAGUGGAUACCAUGCACUUUCUGAAAUACACUCUCCAAUGCACAAAGCACAUCUGAGGAGUCAGUUUAUAGCAGGACUGUCCUGUGUGGUUGCUAAAUAAACUGUAGACAGAGCAGAAUGUGGGAAAGGACAGUAUGUAACUAAAACCCAGUAUGAACAAGAAGGGAAAAAUUCAGAUGUUUCUACAUCAUUAACAUUACAGUUGACUUUUUCUAUGUCAUUUUCUUCUCUGUGGCCUAUUUUUCUUUCCCUGUAUUUGACAGCUUUUCCUUCUCAUGUGAACUGCCUUUUAACUCACUCUUCACCUACUGCUUCAUGAACCCUUUGUCAUAUAGGAUUUUUGUGGGAUGCCCAAAAUGAGGGCCUCUCUCAUACAUGAGGGGAUGCGUUUGCAUGUAGCAGCCCAAAUGGGCAGUGUUCAUUGCCACCCAUCCUCCUCAAUUCAUUUAUCUAACUGUUCUAAAAAUGUCUAGCUGAGGUGAAACACACAGCUAGUGUGCUAUUACAGGAAGACUCAGAAAUUUGCUAUGAAAUAUUCUUCCAAUGUUUCAUGUUAGAGGGUGUCUGCAGCAAACAUGCAAGGAAAUUUGCAUGCAGCAACAGCCUUCUCUGCUACACCAGCUGUGCUGCAGCAGCGCCUUUUCCUUUGUUCCCCGCCAUUCCAUUUGCAUCUGGCUGCUGACUUGAAAUAUGAAAAGCCCAUUUUGCUUCUGUUGCUCAUACACAGCUUAGGUAUCCUGACUCCGUAAUUAAAAGACAUGGACAAUCACGUGCCAAGUUCAAGGACUAGGAGCAGGAGCUGCAGGGCUCGGAACAACGUGUGCCUGGACGUGGGGUAGCCUACAAGCCAAGCCCUCUGUGCUCCAUACGUGGCCCCAGUCACCUAUACUGCCCCUUUCUGAAACAGCUCUGGUGUAAAAAGAAGAUAAUUUCCUUUUAGAUUUACAAAACUAUCCAUCCCUUCCUCAGCUCAUAAAUUAAAAUAUAAAUAUUAUUUCUCCCAAGGUGAGGAGGAAAGGGUGAGAGACAGGGUCUCCCCCAUUUCUCCAAAAAAGGGCAAGCCAUCCUGGAAUGACCUAAAAACGGGCUCCCUCACCAGUAUACGCUGUUUCCUUGUGCUAACCAGGCUUCAGGCAUUGCAGCAGCCCCAGCUACUCUCCUUCUGCCAAAUGUGUUAACUCUGUAGUUUAAAUGACUCUCGUUCAUGCUUGUAUUGUAGUUCUGAAGAUUCAGAACCUCUACGCUCACAUGCAUUUUACUGUAGUUUUUAUUUGUUACUUUACAUACUCUGUUUUUGAUAGGACUCCUGCCUUAGUCAUUGCUCAACAUGGAAAUUUAAAUUGCAAUUUAAAAAAUAUUUUACUAUGGGUUUUAAGGGUUUGGUUUUAACUCAUAAUGCGGCAUACAUUUUGCUAAAUGUAUCUCUCAUAUGUAGAAACACGAAAGCGUAAAGAAUGCAUAUUAUCCUAGAAUUUGUUAGUAAAUGUCAUUGUUUUCCAGCUAGAGAUCAUCCCUGCUAGUA